UCAGAUUUCAUUUUCUUGCUUCGGUGCUAAGCAAUCGGCGAGCUCUAAUAGGGACGUACGUGGCGCGAAGCUGAAACGGCCACCACUCGAUCUCUCCCCUCCGAUCGCUUCUCUCUUCUCCCCGCUCCGUACGGUCCGACGCAAUGGGAGGCGGCGCAGCGAUGAGGUCCGCGGCGGCGAAGGUCGCGGGGAUCGGCGGCGUGCUCCGCAGGGCCCCCGCGGCCCCCGCGGCGCCGCAGUCCGUCCGGAGCGGAUCCGGCCCCGGCUCCGGCUGGGCGCCCGCCAUCGUGUCGGCGAAGGGCGACGAGGUCGCCGCCUCCGCCGGCGACGCCCCCCACGGGAAGGCGGCGCAGAUGGCGGCGUGGGAGGUCGACGAUUGGGACUUCGGGGGGUUGGAGGAGAAACUGGUGGGCCAGCCGAUGGGUAGGGUUGUGUUCGGGGGCGUGCCGAGCUUUGAGGAGGCCAAGGCGGCGACUGAUGAUUUGAAGGAUGCUAUUGACAAGGUAUAUUUGUCAUCCACAAACAUCACUGGAUGGGAAGGUCAACUUCCGGCAGACCAGGCCUCUGGUCUGCCCGUGCUCACAAAUUCUGUUGAGACCCAAUCUUCAGUUAUUGGUGAGGCUCUGGCAACUUUUCCAGUACCCAAACAUGCUGUCGAGGCUUUUAAACUGCUCACUCAAAGUCCUGAGGCUCAGACUGUUGUUGCUUCAAUUGCUAGUGAUCAAGAUGUCUGGGAUGCUUUUUUGAAAAAUAAGGCUCUCCAGGACUUCCUCCAAUCACAGAACUCCACAGGUAUUCAAUUCCCAUAUAUGGAGCCAAAAGUGGAGAAAUCUGCUGAUGAUGCUUUUUCUGAUGAUUGGAAAUCGCCAAGGGUGGAUGAAGAGACUUCUGAAGGUGGCCACAAAAAUGGAUUCAUGUCCUUCUUGCAGAACAUCAAGCUUAGGGUGGAGCAGAUGGUUAGCAACAUAUCCAGCUUCCUUGCCGACAUCUUCACUCCCCCAUCUGUGGAGAAGAUGUCUUCGAACUCAGAUGGAAAUGCUGGACUGGCUGUUGGAGCGUCUUUCAUGGGGUUGGCUCUGCUGACUCUUCUCGUUGUCCUUAUAAGGCGAGGCUAAACUCAUGAAAAUUUGUCGAAGUUACAAAAGCUCUAGUUUGUGACGUAUGAUUGACUAUAGUCAGGGAAAAAUGUUAUGUUUUAUGGGAUGAUGAUGGAAAGAUAGAUGUUUUGCGUGCCGCACAUUAAAUAAGAAUGUACAGUUUGCAUUGCACUCAUGGUUUAUGGAUCGAUUAUGUGACGGUAUAUACUUUUAUUGGCUCCGGGCCUCUUA